CCGUGGGGCCGAGGCGGGCAGGGACCCCCCCAGGCUGCGGCCCGGGGUCCGGAGCCCCGCCGGGGACAUGGACCUCAACCGGAUCAUCCAGGCGCUGAAGGGCACCAUCGACCCGAAGCUGCGGAUCGCGGCCGAGACGGAGCUCAACCAGUCCUACAAGAUUAUCAAUUUUGCCCCCAGUUUGCUUCGGAUCAUAGUUUCGGACCAUGUGGAGUUCCCAGUGCGCCAGGCAGCUGCUAUCUACCUGAAAAACAUGGUGACACAAUACUGGCCUGACCGGGAGCCUCCUCCAGGAGAAGUCAUAUUUCCAUUCAACAUUCAUGAAAAUGACCGGCAGCAGAUCCGAGACAACAUUGUGGAAGGGAUCAUCCGAUCUCCCGAUCUGGUGAGAGUUCAAUUAACAAUGUGUCUGCGCGUCAUCAUUAAACACGACUUUCCUGGUCACUGGCCCGCGGUGGUCGACAAGAUAAACUAUUACUUGCAGUCACAGAGCAGUGGAAGCUGGCUUGGUGCCCUACUGUGUCUGUACCAACUGGUGAAGACUUACGAAUACAGGAAGGCCGAGGAGAGAGAGCCUCUCAUCGCAGCGAUGCAGAUCUUCCUGCCACGUGUCCAGCAGCUGAUCGCGCAGCUCCUGCCUGACGCCUCCUUCCACUCUGUGCUGCUCCAGAAGCAGAUUCUGAAGACCUUCUAUGCGCUGGUUCAGUAUGUAUUGCCUCUGCAACUUCUGAGUCACGAGACCAUGACUGUGUGGAUGGAGAUCUUCCGGACUAUCAUCGACAGGACUGUCCCUGCUGAGACUCUUCAAAUUGAUGAGGAUGAUCGCCCAGAGCUGGUGUGGUGGAAGUGUAAGAAGUGGGCCCUCCAUAUUGUAGCGCGUCUCUUCGAACGGUAUGGAAGCCCAGGAAAUGUCACAAAAGAAUACUUUGAAUUUUCUGAAUUUUUUCUGAAAACCUAUGCAGUGGGAAUUCAGCAGGCGCUACUAAAAAUCUUGGACCAGUACCGGCAGAAAGAGUAUGUAGCCCCGCGUGUUCUCCAGCAGGCAUUCAACUAUCUCAAGCAAGGGGUCACGCACUCCGUGACUUGGAAACAGAUGAAGCCACACAUUCAGAAUAUUUCUGAAGAUGUAAUUUUUUCUGUGAUGUGCUAUAAAGAUGAGGAUGAAGAACUGUGGCAAGAAGAUCCAUAUGAGUAUAUAAGGAUGAAAUUUGAUAUCUUUGAAGAUUACGCUUCUCCCACCACAGCAGCCCAGGCUCUCUUAUAUACGGCCGCAAAGAAGAGGAAGGAGGUGUUGCCAAAAAUGAUGGCAUUCUGUUAUCAAAUCCUAACAGACCCGAACUUUGACCCUCGGAAGAAAGACGGAGCCCUGCAUGUGAUUGGUUCCCUAGCUGAGAUUUUAUUGAAGAAGAGUUUAUUCAAGGACCAAAUUGAGCUGUUUCUACAAAAUCAUGUAUUUCCGUUAUUAUUGUCUAACCUGGGAUACCUUCGAGCUAGAUCCUGCUGGGUGCUGCACGCCUUCAGCUCUCUGACGUUUCACAAUGAGCUCACCCUCAGCACUGCGGUCGAGUUAGCCAGGAGGAGCCUGAUUGAGGAUGAGGAGAUGCCUGUCAAGGUGGAAGCCGCUCUUGCCCUUCAGUCCCUCAUUUCUAACCAGACACAAGCCAAGGAGCACAUGAAGCCGCAUGUGAGGCCCAUCAUGCAGGAGCUGCUGCACAUUGUCCGAGAGACGGAGAACGACGAUGUCACCAAUGUCAUCCAGAAGAUGAUUUCUGAGUACAGCCAGGAGGUGGCCUCCAUUGCUGUUGACACAACCCAACACUUGGCUGAGAUAUUUGGUAAAGUUCUUCAGAGUGAUGCCUAUGAAGAAAUGGAAGACAGAACAGUGAUGGCUAUGGGUGUGCUGCACACCAUCGAUACUAUCCUAACUGUUGUGGAAGGCCACCAGGAGGUCACACAACAGCUGGAGAACAUCUGCCUGCGCAUCAUUGACCUUGUUUUACAGAAGCAUGUCAUUGAAUUCUAUGAAGAAAUUCUUUCCCUGGCUUACAGUUUAACCUGCCACACCAUCUCCCCACAGAUGUGGCAGCUCCUGGGCAUUUUACAUGAAGCUUUCCAGCAGGAGCUCUUCGAGUACUUUACAGACAUGAUGCCUCUCCUGCAUAAUUAUGUGACGAUAGAUACUGAUACUUUGCUGUCAAACCCAAGGCAUUUGGAAGUCCUGUUUACAAUGUGCAGAAAGGUGAUGUGUGCAGAGGCGGGCGAGGACGCCGAGUGCCAUGCUGCUAAGCUUCUGGAGGUCAUCAUUCUUCAGUGCCGAGGAAGGGGAAUUGACCAGUGCAUCCCCCUGUUUGUCCAGCUUGUCCUGGAGAGGCUGACCCGCGGAGUGAAAACCAGCGAGCUGCGCGCCAUGUGCCUGCAGGUGGCGAUCGCUGCCCUGUACUACAGCCCAGAGCUGCUGCUGCGGACUCUGGAGCAGGCCCAGCUGCCACACCACCCGGGGCCUAUCACCGCGCACUUCAUCAACCAGUGGAUGAGUGACACCGAUUACUUCCUGGGGCAUCACGACCGGAAGAUGUGUAUAAUAGGACUGAGCAUCCUUCUGGAGUUACAGAGCCGGCCUCCCGCAGUGGACGCGGUGGCAGCACAGAUUGUGCCCUCCAUCCUUUUCCUGUUCCUUGGCCUGAAGCAGGUCUGUGCCACUCGGCAACUAAUGAACUGCAGUCGCACAAAAGCCGAAAAGGCCAGCGUGGAAGAGAAUGAGGAGAUUUCCAGCGAGGAGGAAGAGACGAACGCAGGCGCUCCAGCCGUGCAGCCGCGUGGUGGGCGGGGCGAGGAGGAGGAGGAGGAGGACUGGGACGAGGAAGUGCUGGAGGAGACUGCCCUCGAGGGCUUCAGCACCCCGCUGGACCUGGACGGCGGCGUGGACGAGUACCAGUUCUUCACGCAGGCUCUGCUAACUGUGCAAAAUCGGGAUGCUGCCUGGUACCAGCUGCUGGUGGCACCCCUCAGCGACGACCAGAAGAGGACGCUGCAGGAGGUGUGCACGUUGGCAGAGCACCGAAGGACGGUGGCAGAAGCAAAGAAAAACAUCGAACAGCAGGGAGGCGUCACGUUUGAGAGCAAGGGUGUUCUCUCUGCAUUUAACUUCGGGACUGUGCCCGGCAGCAACUGAAGGAAGGAGGGUCCACCGGCAGCGUCCUUGUCCUCACAGCUCCUUACUCCCCAGGGAUGCGCGGGCCCAGGGAAGAGGAAGGGCCGCUGGCGCGGAGCCCCACUCUCCAGCGGUCGCCUGGCAUCUGGCAGCCGGGGAUCCGCCCCUUCUCCUCGACCUUGUCACCCUGGAGUACAUGUUUCCAACAGCUACUGCGAUGUAUGGGAUUAAAGGAAGACGGAGUCCUCGCGGUGGACAGGAAGCCCUGUGCGCUAGGGCUGAGAGCCAAGGUGGCUUUUGGACUGGAGCGCGUGUGCGUCUCAGGUGUUUGCCAUGCAGAAUCAGUGGGUUUAUGCGGAUAACAGUGCCUUCUGUUGUACAUGAAUUACCAGAAAAAAAUUCUUUUGGAGUGCAUUGCAAUUUUUUUUAAGGCAUACAACAUAUUUCUAGAUACACUUUUAACCUUGGUUCUAUGUCAACUUACUCUUGUAUUUUACUCUGUGAAUUUCCUGUCAGGCAGUUGCAAGUCACUGGUUUCAGAAAUAGCCCAGCUCCCCUGACCGCCGUGGGAGGCGGGGGGCUUUCUUUAAGGGUUCUACAAUGUGCACUGGCUCUGGCUUUAAGAAGUGUCUUAUCCCUAUUCCGUCAUGUUUCUCUGUCCAGAGCGGAGCCGCAUUUCCUUCAGGAUCCACAGGUCAAUCUCACUCAGAGGCUGGUAGGUCCAGGGCUCCCCUGUUUCUGGGCAGCACAGCGGAGGCUCUUUGGCCGCCAGGCUUAGCAGCAAGGCCGAGGGCGUUCUGCGCAGCACGUGAGAGCACCCCGAUCUGGGGCACGCUGAGCUCCCAGGAGCCAUGGCUCUGCUACUGACCAUGCCAGCCACGCCAGGCCGGGGCCCAGACAUCUGAUGUCUUUGUAUGGUUUUGACAGUCUUGCUAUGCAUGCAGCCUGGGCUCCUGCCUUAGCCUCGCGAAUACUGAGUGUACCGCCACACCCAACUGAUUCUAAAACACUUUUUUUUCUUGUUUUGAGGUAGGGUCUUGCUAUGUAGUUCCGGCUAGCCUGCAACUCCCUGUAUAGCCCAGGCUGGCCUCAAACUCAUGAAAUCCUCCUGUGUCAGCCUCCCUAGUGCUGGCAUGUAGUGUGAGCCACCACAUCUGAUGGGUGUUUUUUCUUUUUUCUAUGUAGGGUCUUGCUCUAGUCUCAGGCUGGCCUCAAAUUCACAGUGAUCCUUCUACCUCGGCCUGGGAUUAAAGGUGUGCACCACCACGCCUGGCCUGAUGGACUUUUUUUUUUUUAUUGGCCAAAAACAUCCCAACAGCUUUAACUACCUGCUCUCUCCCAGUUUGUCUCAGUCUUCAUCGUAGCUUCACCUGGCCUUUUCCAUCCCUUAAGGGUUGGGUGUGUUGUGCUGCCUUCCUCUGAGUCAUGAUGUCAGUGUUGCGGACGGAGGUUUCCCUGUUGUUCAAGGCCAGAAUACAAAUUGUCGUGUUUUCCCUCAGCAAAAUGACGGGUCCUCAGGGCUUGACACGGUACUGUGUGUGACACAGGUCCUCAUUUUUAUGACAUGUCUGCAGUUUAAACUUCCCACUAGCGACUGACUGAAUUUUUUCCAGUACUUUCCUUAUUACCAGCCCUAAUUCAUAUUAACUAUUUUUAAAAAUUUGGGUUAUUUAAUUUGUACACAAUUAGCUUGUAAAGCUGUACAUUUCAGAGUAAAAUGGCCCUGUGUUUUCCCAUUCCUCAACUCCCAAGCCAUGUCUCCCUGGCAGGUAGGAGGGAAGACGGCCCUGGGCAGGGGAGGGCUUGUAAAGCCUGAAAGGUGUCCUCUGUGGCUUUUUAAUGUUGACACAGGUGACUGGGAGGGGCCAGGAUAUCCGAGGUUUUAUUUUGUGGUGAGCUGUCCCCUGCUGUGCUAAAGAUAAAACACCCUCUCCAUCACCCUUGUUUGAAGCCAGGGUGGUCCUGUGGUCUUGUCACCGGCAGGGCUAACCUGCGUGUGUUCUGGUCACUGCGGAACUUAUAUGAAUGUACUGCACAAUAAAAUGUGGACUGAUUCCUGGA